GCGAUUGAACUUCAGAGGGAGGAGUGGGAGUGUGUGCCAGCCGCCAGCCCUCCGACCCACCAAGUUGACACGACGCGGAAAAAAGUUUUCAAAACCUUUUUCCCAGAUUUGGGGUAGUUGCGAGGACCCGUCUUCUGCUCCCCGCAGGCUGCAUAAUGCCUCCCCACGACCUGUUGGACUACCGAGUACAGCUCGCUCCUCCCGUGCCGCCGCACAGACCCAGGCAGGACACCCGGAACGGCAGCCCCCGGGAGCGGUUCCUCAAAUGCGUCCUACUGGGAGAUGGGGCAGUCGGUAAAACAAGCCUCGUCGUCAGUUAUACAACGAACGGUUACCCAACCAAGUACGUCCCAACCGCUUUUGACGACUUCUCGGCUGUGGUGCAGGUCAACGGGACCCCAAUAAGACUGCAGCUGUGCGAUACGGCAGGCCAAGACGAGUUCGACAAGCUCCGUCCCUUCUGUUACCACAACUCGGCCGUCUUCCUCCUCUGCUUCAGCGUGGUCAGUCCCUCGUCCUUCCAGAACGUGGUGGAGAAGUGGAUGCCCGAGAUCCGGUCCCACUGCCCCACCGCCCCUGUGGUCCUGGUGGGAACCCAGUGUGACCUUCGCGGAGACGUCAAGGUGCUGAUUGACCUGGCCGCUUGCAAGGAGAAGCCAGUACCCUCGGCCGCGGCCCACAGCCAGGCCGAGAAGAUCGGGGCCGUGGCCUACAUUGAGUGCUCCUCGUUGACUCAGAAGAACCUAAAGGAGGUCUUCGACAUGGCCAUUGUCUGCGGCCUCCGUCAGUUGGACAGGCAGGAGGCCAGCGAGCGCAAGAUGAGGGCUCUUACCGCCAACAAAAUGAGGACUCUGUCGCGAUCCUGGUGGAAAAAGUACAUCUGCGUUGUAUGAAAAUUGUGGGGUGGGCGAGGGGUCACAGGGAUGCUUGCCAAACUUCUGAGGUGGGGGGGGCGGGUGGGUGAAUGAUGCCCAAGAUGGAAUUGCGGAGGAAAGGGUUUUCCAUUUCUGGCCUGGUGCUUCCUUGCUGUGUGUUGUUACAUCCACUGAGCAGAUAUUGGUCUCUGCGGAGACACGGCAAUUGCAGAUGUUGGAAUCUGGAGCUAGAAUGCAGUUCUGGAGGAACACAGCAGGUCAGGCAGCGCCUCUGGAUGGAAAUGGGCAGCCAACGUUGACCAGGUGAAGGUCAACUGGCCAAUUCCCUCCGCAGAUGAUACCCUCCAGGCCUGCUGAGUUCCUCCGGGGUUCCGUGAGAUAUUUUAAUUAUUGUCACGUUUUGGGUUGGCCGGCAAGUUGGCCCUGGGAGAGCUGAAUAGGGUUGGCGGGCGGGCAGCACCACUGCUCAGUCAACCCUCGAUUGGGCUUUGGGUGCUCAAGGAGUGAGGGGGUGGGAAGGGCUUGAUUGUAAUCCCCUUCCAGUGCACAGUUGCUGGUCGGGUGGUACCGAGGCCUGGCGUCCUCCAACCCCAACCAACAUCCUGAUCUUUGGGCCAGACCUCUGGGGGAAUUCAUCUUCCUCCCCGUCCCACUUAGUCACCAGGAGAAUGCCAUCUAAUUUAAAAUGAAAUAUGGCAUUUGUAUGGCUCCCUGCCUAACCACAACCUUGCCAAUGAUGAGACCUAGGCUAGUGUAGUGUACAGAAAGUGCAAGGUCAGUUAGACCUGCGGACCAGCUCACCUCUUUGGUGUGCAUUAAUGAGAGUACUUGGGACAACUGCCCUGCUCCUCCUGGUAGGAGGUAGGGUGAACUUGAGAUCUUGUAUGCAAGGGCUUGUGUCAAAGACCCUUUACCCGAGUGUAGAGAAAGUGUAGAGAAAGUUCACAACUUCGGCUGUGUUUAUUUCAGCUUUCCGGCAUCUGCAGUAUUUUAGUUUUCUGAGCUCUUUAGAUUUUACUCGAGGCUUAGUCAAGGCAACGACGCUUCCCAUCUUCGGGAAGCGUAUUUAAAGUCAGUGCUCCGAAAUUCUUUGACAAUCUGAUUUAAUCUUCGGUGCCUUGGUUAUAUUUUUAGUUACUCCUACACAGUUCAAGCCCAGCCCCCCCCCCCCCCCACCCCCACCCCCUAUCCCUCUUCUGGGAAGUUAUUAACUUCGCGACUCUCGCUCACUAAAUGUCGGGUGUAACGUCUGUGGGGGGGGUAGCUACAUGUGGGGGGGUUUUUUUGGGAGUUUGUUUUUGAUGUCGGACACGGUGCUCACAAUUCCUGCUCCGAAGCUCCGAGUUAGGCUUUGCGUUGGGUCUGUGUGUGCACGCGACAGUUGAUCCAAGCGAGGGGCCGUUCAGGGUUUCGACAAUUCCUAAUUGUAAGAGAAGAAGCGCAUCUUCAGGUUUGACCUCUGUUACGAUCCUUUACACCAGCCUUUUUCUUUCAAGACCAUUAACCGAGGGGUCCAGUUUGGGAACGCCAGCUCGAAACCUCUGUGUGCUCAGUCCUUGCUUGCACCUCUUUCCCCAGAAACCAGAAUAAGAAAGCUUUAUGAUAAUUUUCUGUUUAGUGACUGCUAUAGUCACUCAUACUACUGUAACCAGGGGCAACCAAGCAGGUAAUUGAAAGGGUCUGUGGGGGCAGCCUAACUAUGUUUUCGAGUGUUUCAGGACGAUGCCUUUUACUGCUCAGUGCGGCCCUGGCUGCGUUUGGCUGACUUUAUUAGAUUCUGAGGAUUUUAUGCCGCGGUUUGCCCUUGACACUGUUUUAGGGACGAAAGCAGUUUUGUUUCAAGUGCAGGUUACUGGAAAGCAGCCCCGUGACUGCCCCUUGAAUUCAAGCCGGAGGCUUGGGUAUUUUAGAGGAGGGGGUCGUCACACUGCAGGUCCCUACCCUCCAGCACCGCGUUGGGAGUCCGUGGCCGGCUCUAGAUGUUGCAGGAGUGGCUGCGAGAUGGGGUGUUGUGGGCGUAGUGUCCCUUGGACAAUUGGGAGGCAGCCGGCCAUCGGCUGGAGUGCAGGGCCACUUGGCCACUCGGCAUAUCCCCCGAGUAUUGCCAGGGUUCAGACUCUCAUUCACUUAUCGGAUGUACCUCGAAACGUAGUGAAAUAGGUCACUCAAGCAUUUGGUGGGGGCAGCCCGCGAGGGUCACCACACGUUCCAGCACUAACGUGGCGUGCUCAAUAUGUUUACAGCACACAAGCAACAACAGGAGGAGAACAAGCCCCCCCUUUUCCCCCCUCCUGCACACACUCAGUCCUCUAAUCCAUCUCCGGGCCCCCAGCUUCCAGUGGAUUUAAACAUUGGGCCUUGGGCCUUCGACUCGUGCACCCAGGCUUUGGCCAUCAGGUCUCAACUUCCAGUCGACCUACGGGCUUUGACCUUAAGUGUUGAGCCCAGAACUCACUGAAGGUCAAAGAGAAGUGGUCGAUCAGAAAUCUGGAAGCCGAGACCCAAUGGGCAAUUAACAGCAUCUGGCUGGAGGCUGCCUUUGGUGUUAUCGGCUACCACGAAACGACCCUAAGAACUUUGAGAAUUUGGGGCUAGUUAUUAGUGACUACACUGGACAACUUUCUUCUCUGGAAGUGUUGCAUCUCAGAUUUUUUUUUUUAAUUUGUUUACGAUAGACCGCUUGAAGAUGAACACAAAUAUAACUUCAGACUACUUGUAUCGCGUAGGAAUUUGGAGAAACAAGAGAUUAACGUUUAUAGAAUAUAAUGCAUUUAAUUGUGUAAUGGUGCUGAAGCUUUACAAUAGUUCAACUAAGCUAAGUUGGUGACUUUCGUUAGUUAGUUCUCAGUGUUCGAGGCUUCUCACUUAAGUGUCUGACGAUAAUCAGCCAGCGAUGACUGAUUCCAGUUACCCUGAUAUCAUUUCUCCAUCACCACAAUGUCGUGAAACCUUUCACCUUCUCGUCACCGACAGUGCCAAGGUUUGCAGGGAAGAAGUCUAAAUGGGAAAGCAGAAAAUAAAUCUUUAGUGACAGAUUGCACUUCAUGGUUUUGUAUGCUAGAAGCACGUUGUCAACCAACUGCACGUAGUUUGGUGCUCUGUAGUUGCCAAGAAAAUUUUCAGCAACAUCCUUGAAUGCCUUCUGUGUGAUUUUCUCCUGUCCCACUAGAAGUUCUUUGAACUGCCUGUCAUUGAUGACCUGUUUGGUGACCAAUAAAAAUGCCUUUCUCAACCUUGCCAUCAGUUAUUCUGAUGAGUUAUAAAUUGAUAGAACAAUUAUGGGCGAUUUUUUUUUAAAGGUGCAUAGGUAAAAUUCUUUGAUUUUUCUUGAUCAAAAAUUUCAGUCAGUAAAAUCUUUUGUUGUCGAUAAAGACGGACUAUAACCAAAUGAGAGCCAGCUCCUCUUGGUUUACCUACCAUUUUCACACUGGGAGUAGGUGGGGAAUCUGGGAUGAGAGGGGAAAUUAUGUGGGAGUGGGGAAAGGGUUAGAAGUGCUUCCAUUGACACAUGGGAGAUGUGUGAAAUAUUAAAAAAUGCUUCUUUUUUGCAGAAGUUUAUAUUAUAGUUCAAAUGUAUAAGUGUAUACGCAGGCGAAACAAGCCACGCGGAUAGUAUUACCGGUGUGAAAGUUAAGUCAAAGGCGCAGGAGCAGUUUGGAGGUUGUGCUUAUGAAAUAAUUUACACCGGGGUUGUGGAGCAGGCGAGGAUGACCCCCCCCCCACCCUCGAGGGUGGGGGCACUGCUUUGUAAACAGCUGGACUCGACUGUUGCUGCAUGAAGUGGAAAAAAAAAUAAAAUGUCUGUAUUUUUCAAACGAA